ACCUAUAAGAAAAUUUGGGGUGCCACAAGUCCCUAAAUUGUCCAAGAAAAACGUUCUCUUUUAUUUUAGGGUGCCCUUAUAAAUAACCCUCUAAAAUUGUGGUGACCCGAUUCCCCAAAUUGGGGCACCCACCCUUUCAUUCUAGUUUCCGUUUAUCUUUGGGGCACCCACCCAAAAACUCUUAUUUACAUUUUGGAUUCCCUCAAAAAUCCAGGGCACCCAUCACAAUUCUGGCUUUUGGGGUGCUCUUCAAAAUUUGGACGCCCAGAAUUUUUGCAUCCUUGGGAAUUGGGGUGCCUCCAAAAUUUCCUAAAUUUGGCUUAUUGCUCUCUCAAUUUGGGGUGGCCUCUAAUUCUGGGGUGGCCAUAAAACUUGAGGCCACCAAAAAUUCAUCUUUUUGUUGUGGGAAGGUUGCCCUAAAUUGUAAAGGAGGGGGAGGAAGUGAAGGGAGAAAUUUGGAAGAGCAGAAAAUGCCACCAGGUCUAGGGAAAAUGCGGAAGCUUGUAAAAAGUGAUGGAUGGGACAAGUGUUGGGUGGAAGGCUUGGUACCUUGGGAUUUAGGAGGGCCAACACCUGUAAUUUUGCAUCUCCUUCAAACACAAACCCUUCCUAGUGGGAGAGCAUUGGUCCCUGGGUGUGGCAGUGGUUAUGAUGUGGUAGCCUUGGCUAGUCCCCAACGUUAUGUCGUGGGCCUUGAUAUUUCCGAUAAUGCCCUUGACAAAGCAAAAGAGUUAUCCUCCUCUGCCCCAAACUCAGAUCACUUUACAUUCUUGAAGGCAGAUUUUUUCAAUUGGAAACCAAAUGAGGCUUUUGAUCUAAUUUUCGAUUACACGUUCUUUUGUGCUAUUGAUCCUAGACUAAGACCCACAUGGGCAAAACGGAUGAGAUUGCUUCUAAAACCAGGAGGAGAGCUCAUAACUCUCAUAUUCCCGAUUGGCAAUCACGUCGGGGGACCACCAUAUAAAGUUUCUGCUGAGGAAUAUGAGGUUGUGUUGCGUCCUCUCGGAUUCAAUUUGACAUACUUAGAAGACAAUGACCUCGCAGUCAAGGGUAGAAAGGGAAAAGAAAAGCUUGGGAGGUGGAAGCUAUCAAUUGGCCAAUCACUCAUGUGAGAGGAUUAGGGACCAAUCGGAUACUUGGAAAUAUAUCCAAGUAUAUUUCCUACAAGAAUAGGGCACCUUACUACAGUAAAAACUCUGAUUCAUUGAUCUGGACUAAUUUUUUGCUAGUUCACUAUUUUUGCAUGUGUUUUUCUACCGGUUCAUUAUUUUUUCCGCAUAGUAAAACGGCGAUCCGAUUGCCGAUUCACUGAUCCGAACCGAUUUUUGUGAUGCCAAUCUUUUUUUAAAUUACUAAUAAGUACUCGUACAAUAUUGCAUGCGAUGAGACCAUUGCCUUUGAUAUGCUUAAGUUACAAGAUUGUAUACAGUGAGACCGUUGCCUUUCAUAUACUAAGCUCACAAACACCCCAAUGGUUCGAUGUAAAACCACAUGGUUGGGGUUUCAUUUCUCCUCAGAUAGUCCUAAGAAAACUUUUUUGGACUUUGAAGAUGAUCAAUGGUACAUUCUAACCGCAUGAUAUAAUAUUCACAUGAUUUAAUAUUCACAUCUAAUAAUUAUGGGUGAUUAUGAUAUUUUUGUAUAAAAAAUAAAUAAUCUUAUUAUAUAUUUUUCAAUCUAUUUAUUCAUUUAUUAGAUUUGAAACUCCUUCAUUUUGAAUUGAAAUUUUAUAGAUAUGAGGUUGUGUUGCGUCCUCUCGGAUUCGAUUUGACAUACUUAGAAGACAACGACCGUGCAAUCGAGCGUAAAAAGGGAAAAGAAAGGCUUGGGAGGUGGAAGCUAUCUCUUAGCCAAUCACUCAUGUGAGAGGAUGCAGCGACAAUAUGUCCAAUGAGACUAUUAACUUUGGUAUAUAGAAACUAUAAACACCAUGGGUGAAUGAUUUUUGUUCAUAAUUUCCAACAAAUGAUUUGGCUUUGUACACACAUGCCAACUAGACCAAAGCAUUUGUGCACUUGUGCAUUC